GUUUUGAUACAAAGUAUCCCGAAGAGCUUAGUAGUUUGCAGGAAACAUUCAUCGGGUUAAAAUGAAACUAUUUGCGGCAGGAAUCGCCUAUUGCUUGUUAGGAAUUGUAACUGCAGAUAUUGACGAUGAUUAUAAAAUAGAAAGAAUCAUUCCUGAUGUUUUGGACAAAGCGCCGAUCAACUAUUUGCAGCAGAUUUCUUAUAACAAUAAAAAAGUAGAAUUAGGAAAAGAGCUAACGCCAAGUGAAGUAAAAGAUGCACCGCUUAUUGAAUGGAAUUUCGAUUCUUCAAAAUUUUAUACACUCAUUUUGAACGAUCCGGAUGCUCCAAGUCGUGAAAAUCCACAAAUGCGUGAAUUCCUUCAUUGGGCUAUUGUCAAUAUUCCUGGAAACGAUUUUGCCAAAGGUGAUACGCUGGCAAAGUAUAUCGGCGCUGGACCACCCAAGGACACUGGAUUGCAUCGAUACAUUUUUACAGUCUAUCAACAGCCAGGCAAACUAACUUUUGAAGAAAAACCUAUGAGUGAUACAUCGCUUGACGGUAGAGCGAAUUUCUCAUUACGGAAGUUUGCUAUUAAAUAUAAUUUAAAUGAUCCGGUAUCUGGCAAUAUGUUCCAAGCACAAUAUGAUGAUUAUGUUCCAUUGUUUUAUAAAAAUCUUGGCAUGUGAAAUGUACUUCAUCGAUGUAAUAAAAAUACCCCUGAAUCCUUCAAUAAAUAAUAAAGAGAAAAUUCAACAUAAAUCCA